AUGGCCGUUGGUCAGCAAGAUUUGGGAGGAGUCAUGGUAGUAAAGGCAAAGGGAAAGUGGUUAGGUGUUGAGGAGGGAAGAAGUAAGGAUAGGCCCGUUGAUGAAGUCAUGAGUACAGAGCCGACGUCAGCAUUUCGAUCUCCUGUCAUCACCUCGUCCACAUCCUCUAGAGUAACUCAUCCCAUUAUUGUACAUCCUCAACCCAUCAAACCUUAUUCACAUACAACAGCUACCGACCCGUUCACCUUGUAUAGUUACUACUUAACACAGAUGGGUCAUGGCUUUGAUCUGAAUCAAUUAGCACAGAUCACUCGACCACCCAUUCUUUCCAACUCACAUUCGCUGUCACCAAGUACAGCUUUAAUCAGUAAUUCGAUUACUCCCAAUGCUGCAACAAAUCGGAUCGGUUGGGAUCCAGAAACGAGUAAAACGAUCCGGAAAGAACAAUGCAGCCCUGAUUCACCUCAAAGUGUGGAAACGUCAUGUUCAAGAACAUCGCAAUCUAGCACGUCACAAAAGGAUCGUAUAACAACAACAACAACAACUGGAUCUGAUCGAAGUUCUGACAAAUUCUCCUGGCUAAGUCAUUACAGCGUUGAACCAAAUACCGCUGUCGUCAGCUCCAAUAUGAGCAGUCCAUCGCUAACAUCAGCUCAGUCAAAUGGCUCUGAUACCACGUACACGUGGAAUGGACGAGCAGAUGGACAUCGUUCAGGAGAGUUUACUGCGGCGCUUAUGACCGACUACUUGGACGAUGAUCCAUUAUUGUGCGCUAUUUGUGCCGACAAAUCAUCUGGACUACAUUACGGCAUUUACACAUGUGAAGGGUGUAAGGGUUUCUUCAAGAGAACAGUACAGAACAAACGUGUCUACACAUGCGUUAGUGGUACCGGUGGCUGUCCAAUGACCAAGGAACAACGGAAUCGAUGCCAAUUUUGCCGAUUUCAAAAAUGUUUACAGCAGGGUAUGGUUCUUGAAGCGGUGCGGGAAGAUCGAAUGCCAGGUGGUCGAAACGGAAGCGCUAUUUACAAUCUUUAUAAAUUAAAAUACAAGAAGACAAGGCGUUUACAAGCGCUAUGUGAAAGUAUCUUACGAGAAAACGCUCCACGUUGCGGUACACCAUUAGGUACCACUUCAAGAGGUACACCUCCAGAACAACGAAAAAUGGGACGUGCACCACUGCAAAGCCCGCCGUUGAGUACAUCAGCACCCGAUGUACCACCCAGCACCGAACCUCUCAAUUUAUCGGCCAAAGAAGGUGUUCACAGAAGUGAAGAAAUAGCCCAAACAACUGGCUGUAGUAGUAGGAUAGCUGUUCAGUUUGCCUUCAGCAGAUCUCCUCUUCCUACUCAUAACAAGAAUCUCAUACAGGUAACUUAA